GACAUUGAAUCCAGAGAGGCUGAGGCAGACAUUGCGGAGAAGACCAUGGGCAUCUACACUGUCCGAGCAGAGGGUUGUGGUCCUGAUGGUCCAGGUAAUGGACGCUUUGCUGAUGUUGGUGUUGUGCUGGAAGGUGUGGAAGUCCUCCAUAACCUGCAGAGUGUCAGCCAUGCAUUCGUGAUGCUUUAUGGACUGAUCUAUGCACUCAACUUGAGCUAUCCAAAAAGCCUGACACGUACAUUCGAGGUGUACCAGAAAAUCCUGAUGGACCUGGACUCAACCAAGC